UACUGACUGGACUGAGGCCACCUCCCGGCUUCAAGUUAGCCGCCUGCCUUCCCUUCCCCUUCCCGUCUGCGGAAGCCUGGAGCGCCAGCCCGGGAAGGAGCGGGGAGACCAGGGUUCCCGGGCCCAGGCUCCGGGACGCAGGCCCGCGACCAGACGCGUCCGCUUUAAGGCGCGGUGACCCUGCGGCCUGCGCGGGCCGGGCCGGGCCGGGCGGGGCGGGGCCGGGCGGGGACGGCGCGGGCGUGCGCGGGCGGCAGAGCAGCGCGGCCCCACCAUGCUGAUCCCGCGCCGCCCGCCGGGGCUCCCCGGGCGGCCGCCCGCCGCAGCCGCAGGGCGCCAGGACUCCUCGGACUCGUCAGGCUCCUACCACACGGCUCCGGGCUCCCCAGAGACCCCGGACGCGGGGGGCCGGGCGAACUGGCCCCGGGUGGCCCCCGCGCCGGGGGCGGGCGUGCAGCCUCGCCUGUCCGUCAGCGCCCAGAAUAGCCGCCAGCAGCUCCGGCCCGGCUCGGAUUUCCCGCGAAGCCCGGGCUCCGACCCGCGGCUGCCCCCGCCCCAGCUGCGCACGCUGCCGUCGGGGGAGAUGGAAGUCAUCUUCAACGCCGGAGCCCUGUUCAGCCGCUCAGACGCGGCGGAUAGCGAGGUGCAGCAGCUCACCGAGCGGCCCUUCUGCAGCCUUUCUACGCCCGGGUCCGGGUCUGCGUCUCCCAACCCCGACGGGGGCUCCCGCUGGGCCACCUACCUGGAGCUGCGGCCCCGCAGCCCGAGCCCCGCCACCCCGGUGCAGUUCGAGUGCGUGGAGGUGGCGCUGGAGGAGCGCGCUCAGCCCGCCAAGUCCCGGACGGUGCCCAAGCGGCAGAUCGAACUGCGCCCCCGGCCCCGGAGCCCCGCGCGGGAGGCCAUGGCGCCCAACCCUCGGCUGCUCCUGCGCACCGGCUCCCUGGACGAGUCGUUGGGCCGCCUGCAGGCCGCCGCGAGCCUCGUGCAGACGGCGCUGGCCAGAAAACUGAGCCCCGCCGCCCCUGCCCCGAGCAAGGCUGCCUUCGGGCCCACGGGACGUCCAGAACCUGCGACCCGAGAGGCGACCCGCAGUGCCCAAGGGCUCCAGGAGCAGGCCAGCUCCCGGCCGCCCCGGCUGCAUUAUAACUCGGGCCCCGCCAGGGCCCCGCGGCCGUGGCCCAGCCUCCGGGAGCGGGCGAUUCGGCGCGACAAGCCCCCACCAGGUACCGAGCCGCUGGGUCCGGUUAGUUCCAGCAUCUUUCUGCAGGCCGAGGAGAAGUCCCACACCCCGGAGCCCAAGGCUGGCCCGCCGCGAGAGAACCUGGAUCGAACUGUCCUGAGGCCACAAAGUCCCUCUUUCCAGCUUACUGCUCCCUGGAAGGUUCCGAACCAGGCUGUGAGGCCAAGGAGCCCGUCCCCGCCGACACAGGCCCCAAAAAUAUCCCCGUGGGAUCGGGCUACUUGGAAGGCGAGGAGCCCUACGUUCCCCGAGGUACCCUCCGCGUGGAAGACUCAAGACCCUGCCCUCGAGGAAACUGUCAGCAGGAGACGCAGCCCUUCUCCGCCAACCUUUCCCCGGCGACGGAAUCAGGGUGUUGCCAAAGCAAGAAGCCCAUCCCCCGAGCCACCUUCCCGCAGAGAAGCUCCCCUUUUGGCAGUCAGGGAUGCAGCCCAAGGGAGCAAGAGCCCGUCCCCGCUGGCCUUGGCCUCCUGGAAGGCUCCAGAUCAUCCUGUUGAGAUGUGGAGUCCAUCGCCCCAAGAUAUGUGGGAUCCCACGGGGCCCACGCGGGAAGCAAUGAACAGCUCCGCCCUGGAGGAGCUGGCGCCGCCUAUGCCUGUGCCACCUGCUCCCUGCGCUGCAGAGCUGACAGAGGCUCCGAGUCCGGCCACGCGGGGGCUUCCGGGCCUCGCCUUCCGAGGCAGCCAGCAGCUGGCGGGGGCCGCUGCACCGGGGCUGUCCCUCUGUCGCACCCUGGAUGAGGCCGAGUGUCCGGAAGCCUCGGGCCCUGGAGAAGCGGCUUCCGGUCCCUCGCGCUUGGCCAUCCCGCGGCCCCGCGACGUGCGCAAGAUGCUCAAGACCUCGUACGCUCCCAGCUUCCCGGGCCCAGGGCUGCCGGCACCUCCAGCGGCGGACCCCCGCGGGGAGGAGAGCGGCCCCUCCGGGACGCCGGAGCUCCAGGCACUGGGGUCCCCCGCCCCAGCUCACUACACUUCGGUUUUCCUCAAAGACUUUCUUCCCGUGGUGUCGCACCCCUACGAGCCACCAGAACCGUCGUCGUCGUCGUCUGACACGGGCCCCCGGGACGCCUCGCAUCCCAACGGGCUCCCGCGGCGGAGAGCAGAGAACAGCACCGCAAAGCCCUUCGCGCGCACCGAGAUCCGCCUGCCCGGCGCCCUGGCCCGGGGUCGCCCGCCUGAGGGGCCCCGCGGAGGCCGCGUGCGCGCGCCCGGAGGAGACCGGGAUGCGGAGACCCCGCGCCUCGUCCCCGACGGCGAGGGUCGGACCAGCCCCCUAGGCGGCGCUCGCACCUCUCCUCAGAGGGAGCCCAGAGCCCCCGAGGGGUCCCGACCGCCCCUCCCCAGCCCCCCAGAGGCGCCUCCUAACUCGAGCCCUGGGACAGCCCCCAGACCCAAAGCGGCCCCGACGGCCCCCGAGCCGGCGGCUGUGGCGUCUCAGUCGCCCCCGGCGCAGCCCCUGCCCCGCGCAGCCUCGGCCCCUCCCACGGACCGCGCCCCGGAAGGCCCCUCCCAGGGGACGCGCAGGCCACCCGGGGCCGCGCCCCCCGGCAAGGUCCUAGUGGACCCCGAAAGCGGCCGCUACUACUUGGUGGAGGCGCCGCGGCAGCCGAGGCUGCGUCUGCUUUUCGACCCCGAGAGCGGGCAGUACGUGGAGGUGCUGCUGCCGCCCUCGCCCCAGGGGCCGACCCGCCGCGUCUACACGCCGCUGGCGCUGGGGCCCGGCCUCUACCCGCCCGCCUACGGGCCCCUCCCGGGCCUCUCCCUGCCGCCCUCCCCGGGCCCGCCGGCCUUCAGCGGCCAGCAGCUGCCCUGGGCCCGCGAGGCAGGAGCCUUGGACGGGCUGUACUACCUGCCCGUGAGUGGGAACCCCAGCCCCGCGCCGCCUCUGCUGCUCUGCGCCCCGUCCCCCAGCUCGGGUCCCGCCCAGCCCAGCAAGGGCGCCCUGUUCCGCGUGUGAGGCCCCAGGGGACCCUCGGGGACCUGCGGUUCUGCCAUGCAGUCUCCAGCCCUCCUUUGUCACCUUUUUCCCCCUCCCCCUCCCCCCCUUUCAGUCCCAUUCUGGCUCCAGACCGGAAGUUACCUUGGGGUUGGUGGAGGGAUGGGGUGCUAAUUGAGUUGGAGCUCAGGCAGUGGCUGCCUGCUUCCUUCCCUGACAACUGUAUGCCCCUUCCCCAAGCAUUCCCAGAGUGUGAUGUGUGUAUGUAUGUGUGUGUAUAGUGAGGCAUCCCAGGAUGUGUCCCCAGGAGCUAACCUGAGGGAGUGUUGGGGUUCCCCCCUUGAGCUAGGACGCUGCCUAACUCUCCCUGAAGGUGGGCCCAGCCAGAGUGGAGCAGGCUAGUGAACACUCCCCACUGGAGGAACACUCCCCACUGGGAGAAUAACAAAAGAUCUGUUAUUCUUUGGAAGAGCAUCUGAGCCUUGGCCUGGGAUGCUGGAUGAGAAGUGGCCAGUCAGGCUUGGCCUGAGAAAGGGCACUGGGGACAGCAGGUGUCAGAGGAGCAGGGAAGUAAUGUGGGAGGCGCUGUGUGUGUGUGUGUGUGUGUGGGGGGGUCAUCCUGGGAUUCAGAGUAGGGCUCUGAGUAUCUAUCAAGACUUGGCUUAAAAUUUCCAACUGUGAAUCUGCUCCUCACUCCUCCAUUCAACCCCAGAUUCUGACUUGAUUUCUGGAAACCCUUAGAGCCAGGCUGGCUGAUCCUGACCCCAGGAGUGGCCCUGGGGUAGGGGGUGAUGAAGGAAUCAGCGGGAAGGACUUACAAGCAGGAGGGAUGGUUGAGCUGAUGUUUCAGAGGAGCUUUUUGACACCUCUGGGUGGGAUGAAGGAUGAGUUAGGACUAAUACUAGAAGGGAAUGUCCCUGUAAGCACAGGCCAGAGAGACAUGAAGCCCUCAGCUUCCACUGCCCUCCACCAAUGGCAACAUGCCCAGAGAGGGGCUGGUUCUAUAGACUAGUCAUGGUGGAGAAGGGGACAUGUGCUCCAGUGGCCCUAAGAUUCCGGGAGCCUCUCAGGGAAAUGGAGAGAUGAGAAGGGUCUGCACUGAAUGGAAGGUGUUCUUGGGGGGGAGGAGGGCUGUGUGUGGAGCUGUGAGCUUCAAGUAUCUGGGCCCUGCUGGACUAGUAUAUGAUGAGAUGGGUUUGGGUAAGAUUAGAAGCAGCAUCAGAGGUGGAGACUGAUGCUUUCCUUAAACUCUAGCCUGGGGGGAGGUAAGAGAAGGGACUGUUCCUUGGAGUCCCUGCCCCCUGCCUUGAACUGGAAUUGGACUGGGAGAACCAUGAGUCAGAAUAACCUGGAUAUCUUGUGACCAGAGUUGCUGGUUCUGAUGGCAGAGAGGGUCCUGGGCCCCUCCUCAUCCUGGUGUGCAAUAAAUCAUCAGCCCAAUGAGCCAUGAUGGCUGAAACAA